AUAACAUAACAAUUAGAAUAAACCCAAAGUAAAACCUCACAAAUCCCAAUCCCCAAAAUCCAAUCAAAGUGAAAACAACACAAAACACAAAAACAGAUCACGAAACUGAAAUACAAUUCGCUCAUAGCCGAUUACAGACGGCCAUCGUCUCUAAUCUCUCCUCUCCUCCCUCCAUUAAUCUCUCUGCCGGCUCUCACCGAUUUUGCCAAACCACACUCACUUCCAAAACCCCUCUUAUUUAUUAACUUUUCUCUCUCUCUCUCUCACAUCAAUUCCUUUUAUAUGCCCAAUUCUCUCAUUGGAUGAUGUAUGUAUGAGAGAUGACCCAGUCUCCUUUCUUCAUUUCUCUCUCUUUCGCUUUCUACUCUUCUGUUCUCUGUGUAUAAUUAUCCUCGUUUCUCCGAUAGAACUGAAGUUCAAUGGCGAAGAUCUCACAGAAAAAGAAUGCGUCGUCAAACGACACUAACGAUAAAAAGCCUGUAAUUAGCAAGGCUAAGAGAACUCGUAAGACUGUUCAGAGAGAUUCACCUCCGCAACGAAGCUCGAUAUACAGAGGCGUCACGAGGCAUCGAUGGACUGGUCGAUAUGAAGCUCAUUUGUGGGAUAAGAAUUGUUGGAAUGAAUCACAAAACAAAAAAGGACGACAAGUAUAUCUAGGGGCCUACGACGAUGAAAAAGCCGCCGCACAUGCAUAUGACUUGGCAGCAUUGAAGUAUUGGGGACAAGACACCAUCCUCAAUUUUCCACUCCCAACAUACGAAGAGGAGCUUCGAGAAAUGGAUAGUUUGUCAAAAGAGGAGUAUAUUGGAUCUUUAAGAAGAAAAAGUAGCGGUUUUUCACGAGGAGUUUCAAAAUACAGAGGUGUAGCAAGGCACCAUCAUAAUGGUAGAUGGGAGGCUCGAAUUGGACGGGUUUUUGGCAACAAAUAUCUUUAUCUUGGAACAUACGCUACCCAAGAAGAAGCUGCGACUGCAUACGACAUGGCAGCAAUAGAAUACCGAGGACUUAACGCCGUUACAAAUUUUGACCUUAGCCGUUACAUUAAGUGGUUAAGACCCAACCAAACAGAUCCCAACAACUUAAACGGAAGUCAAACAAACUUUGACCUCAAUCCGCUACCAGACGCCGCUAGCAGUCAAGAUCCAGGGUUAAUCUCCUACUGCAACAACAGCAACAACCAAAACCAGCAACCGGAAAGUUCAAGCUCCGGCGAAACAACCACCAGCGUAGCUCCGCCACCACGUGGCUCUACCGGAGGUAAUACUGCUUCCUCCGCCUUAGGGCUACUAUUUCAGUCCACAAAGUUUAAGGAAAUGCUCGAGAGGACCUCGGCGGCUGAUUCCCCUUCGACACCGCCGGAAUCAGAUCUGCCACGGCGAAGCUUCCCCGACGAUAUACAGACGUAUUUUGAUUGCUCUCAGGAAUCCAAUAGCUAUGCAGAAGGUGAAGACAAUAUGUUCGCCGAUUUGAAUUCAUUUGCAGCGCCUAUGUUCCAAUGCGAGCUUGACGCUUGAACCGGUGAUCGAUAAUGAUUUUUCGUAAUAGAGAUAGUGAUCGUUGCAGUUUCAACGGCGGCGACGGCGGUGGCGAUCGGAGCAACUUCAUCGAUGAUCUUAGGGUUUUACUAUUUGACUUGAUAUGAUAUCGUCUUUUUAGAUGAGAGUUCAAUUCAUUUUCCUUUUUUCUUUUUUAAAUUAUCUGAUUAAAAAUUAUUUGUAACUGUAGAUAUACUUAUGAGGCAUAGACAUUCAUUUAUUUCUAUAUUUCUUUCUGCUUCCUGAAAAAAGAAAAUCAAUAAAAAUGUCGCAGGCGUC